AUGGAGAUAGCAGCAAGUGGGUUUGCCUUUGUCCAAGUUGGUGUGGGCGCCGGCAAGGCAAUCGUCCAAGCCAUCCAGCUGUGGGAGCAAGUCAAACAGGUCCCACGAGAACUCCAAUCACGCAUUCACAAGUUGAAACUAUUCAAGCAGAUAAUCAGCCAGAUCGAAGACGAGUUCGCGCGCCACCCCGACCUGCGCGCGCGCCCGACGGCCCAGCAGUGCCUCGAGCACGUCCGCAAUGCCGAGGCAGCGCUCCUUGCGCACGUUGAGAAGAUGAGCGCCUUAGUCCAGCGGCCGAAAAGUAAGCUGAAGCGCCAUGUCAACUCGUUCAAGAUCAUCUCCCUCAAGAAGGAGGAGUUGGCGGCGCUCGAAAGCGAGCUUGCCUGGGCGAUGGAGUUGAUGCAGCUGGCGAUUUCCAUGUUUCACCUGGUUAAAGCUGAGUUAUCCGAAGAGAUCAUUGUCAACCAAACAUCGAAUCGCGUCAGAGAAUAUAGCAUUGCUUGUCAAGAGGAUGUGAUACAGAAGACGGCGCAGGCUGUGGUCCAGAUGAUGAGAGCUGAGUCGUUGCCCAUGAUAGACGCAAUGUCCUCCGGCACUGUAGUUUCUCACAAGGACGAUAAUUCCGGUCAAACGGAGAAGGGGCAAAAACGUCGUCAUUGGCCGUCAUAUUUCGAAACCACAUUAUUUGGAAGAUAUACAUUCCGCCGCUCACGAAACGACGAGGGAUGGAUCGCGUCCCUACAAAUCCCCUGGUCUCAACGCGUCACAGAAUUGCGCUGGACAGGAUGGCAGUAUCGCUUCCACUCUUACAACAUUCGACCGAAGACCGCGCCUGUCUUUAAAGCUGCUGAGAAAGGGGACAUCCGAGAGUUGACAAAACUCUUCAGAACGGGACAGGCCUCGCCCUUCGAUAGGAACGAGGCGGGCCGCUCAUUACUAUACCUCGCCGCUAAAGAGGAGAGGCUGGAGGUCUGCGAAAUGCUCAUCAGAAAAGGUGUGCCUGCCGAUGAUGAGCGCGAGAAGCAUGGCUACAAUCCGAUAGACGCCAUAGUCGUCUCCCGUCAGAACUUCACCGGAGCAGAUGACGAAAACCAUGCAUCCCUCGUCGCUCUAUUCGAGUCGGCCGCAUAUACUUCAGACACUCUCACAGUCAAGCGCCUCUUCAACUUCGUGGCCGAGUUUUCCCAAAGCGACGACUUCCUCCGCGUGUACCAGUCCCAGUUCCUGCGGAACUACCAACGUCUCCCGAUAAGAGACCGCGCAGAAGCCGUCCGCCUCGGCUCGUUUCUCGUCCGCGACGCGACGACGUACAGACGCUUGCUCAACCCCGCCACCAAGGCCGUCACGCCCGCGGACACACGCGAGUCUGUGAAUGAGAAGCUCUCGCUGGUCCACUCUGCCGCGAUAGCUUUGGGCAAGAGGCUCGCGGACGAGCUCCAGUACGACCCGAAGGCUUUCCGGGCGCGGUCGUACACGGAUGCCUGGAGCGACGUCGUGAUCGAGACGGUCGAGUCUGCGAAUAGCAAAGACUUGCACGGCGUGGAGACGGUCGUGCCUUGGGACUGGUUCCGGGUGCCGGUUUGGAGAGGGACACCUCUGAUGUCCCUACUGGGCGGCGCUUUGUGCCGCUUGGCGCCCGAGAUCCCGAUUUCGAAGUGGGAUAGCGUUUUCCAGCGUGUUCUUGGACAGUGGCUGCAGGAUUUACAAGAAGCGGGCGUGGACUUGUCAGAGUAUGGGAAGGGCGAAGUGACGGCUCAGAAGCUGUGCCCAGAGAUCAAAGGCGCAUUCGACAGCGACGCGAUCAACGCUUCUCGAGUUACAGUACGCAAUGAGCUACAAGAGCCGAGCAAAGAGUCGUGGAUGAACGCUGUCGACGCGGAGUUCGACCAGAGCGACAGGUACUGGAUGCCCAUUCGCAUCAUCGCUCUAGACUACGGCCCUCGCGUCAAAGAUUGGAGUGUUCGAUGGUUGGUAGAGUGGGAGGCUUUUGCGGGGGAGUUCUGGAGGACUGUGGAGGCGCCGAGAGUUACCAUGCCUGGCAGUUGGAUUGAUUGA